CUCACGUCGCGAGGAGCCCGGAGCAGGAAGGAGACAGAGCGUCAAGUUGUUUAUUGCUCUGUGUGCAUCAUAUGAACAAAUAAGUAAGUUUGAUGAUUAUUUUGUGCAUUAAGACUAUUACGUCUUGACGAUUUCAUUUAAAUUGGUGUUCCAAUUAAUCCCCGCACGGCUCAGCGGUGAAAAACCUGUCACUGUGAGUGGGGAUUCACCCGAAAAUGAGACUUUAUGUUGGUUGUAUGUAGUUUUGUAUUUGGGAUACUAUUAGGAAGGGGGUAGUGGUUCUUGUAGAGUUGGGCCACCAUGGAAAGAUUCCGCUCAGAUAAUCAUUUAAUCAUCUUUAUUAUGCAAGUAGAUAAGCUGUUUUAGCAAUAUACAGGUAUAUGUGUCCAGAGAACCGUGGGUUUGUCCUAAGGGGUAUGUGUGGUCUUGUUGCGUCACACAACGAACACAAAUGACGGACACUUCGUACUCAACAAGCAGGAUCAAAACUAGCAAAACUUAUAUCAGAGCUGAGCUAGCUUUUUUUUCGGAAUGGUGCAUUCAGGUGCAUCACGUAACUCCUUGGGCACAAGUUGUUGCUGCAUUCAGGUAGCCUUGGAAGUCACAGAAAACACACCCAAACGUGCACAUGCAGCCCAAAUCACGUGAUAUUUACAAAAACAACCGCUUGUUGUUCAUAACAGUAAGACAAUGUUACAAAAUGUCCUAUAACAGGCAUCAAUGUUAUACAAAUACACUUUCGGACAGAUACUGCUUUUAUUAUGAUUGUUCAACUUUCCCCUUCUAUUUGGUAUGAAAUGAAUAUUCAGAAUUAAACCAUCGCCAUCAUGAGUAGACCAAAAAAGUGAACAAAAGAUACAUAGGAUGAUUACUUCUCUAUUUAUCAGUGCUCGUGUCAAACUUUAUCAAAAUGUCUCCGUGCAAAAUACACACUUUUGACCCAGAAUUACUGUUAAAUUAAUUGUAUUGCAUUGUAUAAAUACGUCCAGUUAAAUAUCCAUAUAAUAUACAGUAAGUACUUUAAAAUCACUAAAAAAAUCAAAAUUUCUGUUGUUCCUUAUGGUCAUGAAAAAAUAACCAGAUUAAAAAAAAAAUAGCUUGGAAUGGUAAUUAACUGAUUAGUGGAAUGGUAAUGAAUGAUUUCAUGUGUGGCACUACCCACACUUGCAGGUUAUUUUGUUAUAUUGUUACAGUUUUAAUUAUAUAAUCUACAUACUGAGUAAUAUAUAAUAAUAAUAAUGUCACAUUAGUCACACUGUAAGGGAGGGAAACAUAUUUUUUUAAAUACAUUAUACGCGUCGGCGUUCCCUGACCUAUCACUAUUAGUUAGCAAAGAACUACAGAAUCAACCGAUGAUGACAUCGUAGACGGGCGACGAAGCUGACUUCUGGUUCCUGUUUCCAUGAGAGCGCUGGACUCUUAUCACCAGUGAGGAAGAUCGAGGAAAGCGUCCACACUUAAGCUUGGAAAAUGAAAGUAAGAGUCAAACUGGCGUGAGUGAGAGCAGUGCAUCUACAGUAGUGUGUGUCUCCGAGUAAUUUUCCGUAGGUCAGAUCUUAAAUCAGAGGUGCCCAAAAUGCGGCCUUGGAGCCAUUUGAGGCUCAUGGCUGUUUUUUUAUUGGCCCGUGGCACAUUCUAAAAAUAUAACAAGAAGACAUGAAAAAGAAACACAGCAAAAAUGGAAAAAUCAACAUUAAUUUUAUGAAAUAAAGUCAGAACAUUAGGAGAAAAAAAGUUGUAAUUUAAAGAGAAAAAGACGAAAUUUUACAAGGAUAACGUUGCACUACUUUGGGGGGGAAAUAAACAUUUUUGAACAAUGUCAAAGUAUUAUGGGAAUGAAGUCAGAAUAUUACGAGAAGAAAAUUUACAAGAAGAAAGUUUAAAUAGUUGGAAAAUAAAAAACAGCAGAGAUGGCGAAAAAACAUAUGUAAUUUUAUGAGAAUAAAGUAAACACAUGAAGAGAAAAAAAGAUGUAUUCUAACGAGAAAAAUGUCGCAAUAUUCCGAUUUUUUAAAAAAAGUUUUAAUAUUAUGACAAACAAAAAAAACAACAAAUAAAGUUGUGAUUGUCAGAAGAAAGUUCAAAUAGUUGGGGGGAAAAAAACAACAGUAAGGAGAAAAAAGUCUCAAUUUUACAAGAAUGAACUCAUAAUAUGAUGAAGAAAAAUAAUGUAAUUUUAGUAACAGAUUUGAAAUAUUAAGGUUUUUUUUUAAGUGGGAAGAUUAUAAGAAACAAAGAAAACAUCAUAAAAUUAGUACUUUUUAGAAAAUUAGGCUCAGGAAAAACUUAUAAUAUUAUGGGAAUAAAGUCAAAUAUUAUUGUUAUAAAGUCAUAAUACGAGAAGAAAAAGACGAAAGUUAAAAUAAAUGGAAAAUAAAUAACAAAAAACCCCAUCAAAAGUCAAAAUAUGAAGAAAAAAUAUAAUGAGAAGAAAAUGUAUAAAGAUAAGCUAAGAAGAAAGUUUAAAUAUUUGUAAAAUGAAAAAAACACCAGCAAAAAUGGGGGACAAAACGGGCAACAAGCAACGCUCAUCCUUAUAAUACACUUUUUUUACCUAUAUCACAAAGCUGAGAUGCAGGGGCCCUUGCAUCCUUUCAUUUUUCAGUAUGUGGCCCUCACUUGAAAGAGUUUGGACACCCCUUUCUUAAGUGUUGUGCAACUGUGAUAGUGCUAGAUGAGGCCCCUUUGAGAAGUUAUUAGACUGACAAUGCACUGAGCUGUGAGACUGUAUAAUAUCUACUGUAGCUGUAGCAAGCUAAUAGGCUGCCAACAAGGGCGGUUUGUGAUAAAAAAAAAUACACAGUUGGACUCAUGCAGUGUAUUAAGAACAUGACAAGACACUCGCCAUAUUGUACGCUAACUGGAGGCAAAUUAAUACAAUUAAAUUGAAAAAAAAAGCGUGCCCAAUCACCGCACGGUAGUGAUUGGUGAGCAUGUUGGCCACACAGUCAGGAGAUUGGGAAGACCUGGGUUUGAAUCUUCGCUGUGGCAUCUGUGUGGAGUGUGAGUAGUUUCUCCGGGUACUCCGGUUUCCUCCCACAUUCCAAAAACAUGCAUGUUAGGUUAAUUGGCGACUCUAAAUUGUCCAUAGGUAUGAAUGUGAGUGUGAAUGGUUUGUCUAUAUGUGCCCUGCGAUUGGCUGGUGACCAGUCCAGGGUGUACCCCGCCUCUCGCUCGAAGUCAGCUGGGAUAGGCUCCAGCAUACCCCCACGACCCUAAUUAGGAUAAGCAGCACAGAAAAUGGAUGGAUCGCCCAAUCAACCUUGAGAGACUUAAAUUCCAUGUCGUGACAAGUUCAGCGGUACAAUCAAUGUUCAAUUGAAAGUGGUGCAAUCAUGUAACCUCCAGUCAAUUGACUAUAAAUGGAAACACUCAUGCCUCAGCCAAAUGUUCCAUUUGAAGAUAACAUGUUGUUGUUUUUUGUAUUAUAUACUGUAUUUGCUCCUUAUUUGGUCAUAGCCACAGUUUAUUUGUUUCAAACAUGUUACAUUGUCACAAGUAAGGUUAAGGAACAUCCCAGGUUUAGCACAAUUCAACAUGUCCGAAAAGGGGUAGGAAGAAGCAGAGCUUAUUUAAUCCUACGCAUACUCCAUAUCCUGUGUUAAGGAAAUAAUAAUAAAGAAUAUGUAACUAUUUUGCUAUUUAAAAAAAAUGGUAAACUCUCAGUUGCAUAGAAAAACAGGUUGGAUUACAAAAGACCUGCUUCUUCCUGCUCCCUUUUGGACAUGUUGAACUGUAUAACUGUAAACAUGUGAAGUGCUUCAAUGUAACCUUGGUGUGUCCAAAGUGCAGCCCGGGGGGCCAUUUGUGGAGAAUACAGUGAAAAUUAAGAGAAAAAAGUUGUAUUGUAACAAGAAAGUUGGAAUUUUACGAGAAUAAAAAUAACAUAAUUUUUGUAACAUAAAGGUGAAAUCUUAAAGAAGACAAAAUAUGUUUUUUUGAAUGUAAUUGAGGUCCCCGGCCACCUCCUCAGGCAUUCCCAGGCCAGCUGUGAGACAUAAUCCCUCCAGCGUGUCGUAGGUCUGCACUCAGGGAGCUUUUCCCGGCUGGGGAUGCCCGGAACACCUCACCAGGGAGACGUCCAGCACCCAGACUAGAUGCCCGAGCCACCUCAGCUGACUCCUCUCGAUGUGAAGGAGCAGCGGCUCUACUCUGAGCUCCUCCCGGAUGACUGAACUCCUCAACCUAUCUUUUAGGGUGAGUCCAGCCACCCUACGGGGGAAACUCAUUUCGGCUGCUUGGAUCCCCUAUCUCGUUCUUUCAGUCAUGACCCAAAGCUCAUGACCAUACUGUAGGUGAAGGUGGGAACAUACUGCAGAUGGAUCGGCACCAGAAGGCUCUCUCUUCACCACGACGGUCCGGUACAGCGACCGCAUUACUGCAGACGCAUUGCUGAUCAGCCUGUUGACCUCACCUAACCUUCCCUCACUCAUGAACAAGAUCCCGAGAUACUUGAAGACCUCGCUCCCAACCCGAACGGUGCAAUCUACCCUUUUCUGACUGAGAACCAUGGCCUCGGAUUUGAACCCAGAGUCUCAACCCAGAAGCUUCACACACCGCCGCAGUAAAAUCGGAAGGUCACAGCCUGAUGAGGCCAACAGGACCACGUCGUCCGUGAAUAGCAGAGACGAGAUCCGAAGGCCCCCAAACUGGAUCCCCUCAAGGCCUUGGCUGCGCCUAAAAAUUCUGUCCAUAAAAAUGAUGAACGUAAUCGGUGAGAAAGGGCAGCCUUGGCAGAGGCCAACGUUCACCUGAAACAGGCUCGACUUACUACUGGCAAUGCGAACAAAGCUCCUGCUCCGGUUGUACUAGGACUGAAUGUCACGUAGUAGCGCGCCACCAAUCUCGUACUCCCGGAGGACCCCCCAGAGCACACCGUGAGGGACACAGUCGAAUGGUUUUUCCAAGUCCACAAAGCACAUGUGGACCAGUUGAGUGAGCUGUUUUGUCAGUCAUCUUUGACUCGGUGGGUGGAGGCGGGGCUGGUAGCAUACACACGUGCAAAAGAGUGUAACGUACUAUAAAUUAAAUUAGUAGAUUCCAAAAACAUGCAUGUUAGGUUAAUUGGCGACUCUAAAUUGUCUAUAAGUAUGAAUGUGAGUGUCAAUGUUUUGUCUAUUUGUGCCCUACGCCUAUUGCCCAAAGUCAGCUGGGAUAGACUCCAGCAUUCCCCUGCGAUCCUAGUGAGGAGAAGUGGUAUAGAAGAUGGGAUGGAUGCAAUAUAUUGUCAUAUCUUUGCUAUAGUUCUUCAUUGUGCUUUUCUUAAAAGUAAUGUUAAAGUCUCGUCUCGGCUCUUGUGUAUCGCCUCGAGUGUCUUGUUACACCCCUACUAAAUAAGUAAAUACACAAUAAAAAAACUAAAACAAUUAGCUACAUGAGACGCAGACAAAACAAAAACAGAAGUACAAAUAUAAACAUAAGAUAUAAUAUUAAAUGAAGAACAUCCCCAUUAGGGAGCUACACUGUAGUUUGAAAUGAAAAGGAUGAAAAGCUUAUGGGAUGUUCAGUCAUCCGAGGGACAAACCACGCCCAAACCCACCAAAACCUACCGCUUUUAUCAGGAUAAUGUGUAUCCCUCACUCAGAUGUCCAGCUGCAUGGGACACCUUUUGUCAUUUAAAAUGUGAUUGAUGGCUUUUAUCCUAAAAUGUAUCACUUUGCAUGCUAAAGGUGUGACACAUCCCUUCAUCUGGCCUUUUUUUUUCCUGAUGAAAACACACAGAAAAACUCCUGAAUAUGCAUUCUGAGACACCUGCAUGAUCACCUGUGGCUUACAUCAAUAUAUAUAUAUAUAAAGAGGUGUUUUUGUUAAGCUUGAAGCAUGAAUCACUUCGUCUGUUCCAUUGUGUUGUACUUGACAUACAUGCAAGGUUGCUAAUCAGACUCUCGGGACCUACAUCACAGCUACGUGCGUGUCUGUGGAGGGGAAAGGUGUCCAUGAGUUGAUUAGAGAUGCUCUCCAUCACUAAUUCAUUACCUCCUACUCCUGCCUGCUGGAGCAUUUCGCUAAUGUCCUUCUCCUCCUCCUCCUGCUGCUGCUGCUGUUGUUGAUGAUAAUGAUGGUGAUGAUGUGGAAUCCCCCAGGGAGGGAGGAGGGUGACAUUAUUGUUGGAAAGUCUUAUCUGGGCGCUUGUAAAGCGUCAAUGGGGCUUAAUAAUUAGCGACUGGCUAGUGGGAGAACGGUUAGUCGUGUGUCUCAGUGGACGAAGGGACACGUGAGGGGUUCGGUGGCUUGUGCACCCACUGGAGGACACAAUCUGACAGCAAUCUUGUGGAAGCAUGCGGUUGGAUAUGAUGUGCUCUUUUACGCAUUUGAACUAUUGUAAAGAAUGCCACUUUUAUAGAAUCGGCUUCUUUAUUUUAUAAUAUACGAUUAAUGUCUACAUCAACAAAUGUAGCUUUUGAAUCGUAUUGUUUGCACAAAUCGUUUGAAAUCGUUCUGUUUUUAAAAUACAUUGUCUUUGAAUAGUCUUAACCUGUGUAUCUAGAUGCAUAUCAAAUAGUUUACCCCAAAGAGCUUUCCAUCCCUACUUAUUACAGAUAAAACCUUUUUUUUUCAGCUUAGAUUAAUUGUUAUUAAUGAUGAGUUAACUAUGGACAAAAUGUGAUUAAUCACAAUUAAAUCUUUUAAUCGAUUGGCAGCCCUAAUAUAUUUAUGCAAUAUGCUAUUAUUAACAAAUAAUGAAUUUUUAACAAAUAUAAUGCUUAGUUUAUGUUUAUAAAACUGCACUCUAACACUGAGAGAUGUUUCUAAUGUUUUGUCCCUCAUAACAUAACCAAAAAAAUAUCACAACGGCUCUCAGUUUUAAAGUCAUUGCUAAAUGACGACGAUUAUUAAAUCGAAAUGUAAAAUUAUUUUUAAUAUGGUUUAUUUGAUCGUUCAUGUGCACCCAAUGAAGUAGGCUACCUUUGCUAAAUCAUUAUUUGGAAAUAAUGAAAUCAAAACGUAAAUAAAAGAAGUUAAAUAAGUUUAUAUAAUACGAUGCAACUUAAUCAUUUAAAGAUAGUACAUUAUAUGUUGUUUGUGCUUUUAUGAUCAGCCGAGGAAAAAAUAUAAAGGUCAUAGUUUAAUAGCAUGUUUGAUUGAUACAUUCAUAAAUACAGUAAAAAUACACUUAUUAUUAAAAUGCUCCAAUAAUUCAGUUCAAGUCACUUUUUGUGAAACACACUUUAUGGUGCACUUUAAUUAUUUUAUCAUUUGGUGUUAUUAUUAUUAUUAUUAUUAUUAUUAUUGACAGUAAUAGUAGUAGUAGAUUACUUUUUGUAUUAGUAAUAUUUUAAUUGCCGUUAGUUCUGUUUUAGGACUAGGUGCAAAAUGAAUGAAAAGAAAUACUUGGGGUAUGAAUGAUAAUGAUGUAUGCAUCAGUCAUCUUGAAGCUGUGGCGAUGUAUGGUGACGUCAUGGGUGGAGAUGGGUUUCAAACUUCAUUGGGGUCGUCAGGUGGGUACCCUCCUUCAUUGGUGCUUCAAUGAUAGGCCCACGACACCUCCAGAGAACUCAUUGGCAACACCUGGCGUCCCAAAUGUGCCCCCUCUGCUUUCAACCCUUCUGUUACUGAUGUUACUUUGGGGCCAGAGGAAAUGUCUCGCCUCUUCACCCAGAGCUACCGACUAGCUUCCUCUGCUGCUCUUGAGAGGGCUUUGAAGGUUUGGCUUUGGACUUGGCCUCAAAUUCCCAAGUCAUUAAGCAGACUGAUGGUAGAUUAGCCCACAAAGUCUCUGCAGCCGACUUCCACGGGGCAAACCUUGGCUCGCCAUCCUUGUUUUUUGACAUCCGCUACUUGAGGGUCUUGCAUUCGAAGGCCUCCUCCACAGCAUCCUCCCAGGGAGCAAUGAGCUCAAUUAUGUAAACUUUGUGAAGUGUGGAAGACCAGAGAAUGGUCUUGUUGAUAUAGGAUGGCGUUAUACCAACGCCCAUGACUCUUGACGUGCUUUUCUGAUACUGUUGGUAUAGGUUCCUCGCCAAUGUACAACCACUGACCCGACGGCUUUCCCUUGACGACUGAAAUACUCCUCGACUUGCUCGGUUUUAUUUCCAUCCGGGCCCACUGGAUGUUCUCCUACAACAAGCCGUCGGGACAUAUUGUUUGUGGUGAGGAUGGUCAUGUCGUUCGUGAACGCUCUGAUGGGAGGGAGACAGAGACCUGGUCUGAGCUUCUGUCCUCGUACUACCCACCGAGAGGCUCGAAUGAUGGUCUCCAUAGCCUGCAUUUUUUUAUAUGUAUGCAUUUAUGUCCACCAUUGGUUCGUCUAUAAACUUUUAUUAAAUAAAAUCAGUAAUGUAAUGUAAUUAUUAGUACUAUAAUAAUUAAGAAAUUGCUCAGGUCUAUCCAAUAAUGUGGCUAAAGUGAGUGUAUCAUUCUUACCAUAAUUCACUUUUAUGGUAGAUACAUAUUUGAUACUAAUGCACUAAAAAAAAAACUUUCUCAAAAUAAACACAGUUUGUAACAAUAUAAAUAAAAAAUAAAAUAACUUAUAGUCACCCUAAAAGACAUUUAAUUUUAAAUUCUAAUAAUAUUCACUUUGUUGGUCUUUUUUUAUUUUUUAAAUGAAUCACUGCUCAUCUAAUUUUUCAUUGAUUAAAAGCCUGCCUUCAAUCAGCCAUGCGUACUCAUUGUUAACUGUGCUAUUCAUAUCAAACAAGCUCCACUUCAAUGAUAACCAAGAUGGGGGAGGGGGGUGGGGGGGGUGUUAAUUGAGUGUGUGUGAUUUGUCAUGCACGAAAGGGACUCCUCCAACCAACCACAUGGCGCCAAGUCGCUAUUGCAUUGCUGGUCAUCAGACCAGGUGUUCCCCUUGUGGAUCAAUUGGCUAUAAAUUGUUCCUAAAAAUAAAAGCGUACUCUGAAAUCUCUUCAAGUGCCUUUUGCACGGCCCAACUUAUGUGACCAAACCAUCUGGUAGACCUGCUCUCAACAAGGAGGAGUGCAUGAGUGGAUGAUGAGGUGCACACCCACACUGUGUCCAAAGUCAGCCAAGGGGGCCGUUUGUGGCAAACAUUGGCUACUGGCAUGUGGCAUAUUUUAAAAAAAAUACUAUAAAACAUGCCAUACAAGGUUUAGAGGGAAAAAGCUAUUAAAAGCUAUAUCAAAAGAAUACUUAAAUUAAAAUUGCAAUAAAUAAAUAGCAGCUUGUCAUUAAAAUUAUAAUUUUCAGUAACAGACUAUCAAAAAGAUUUUAAUCAGAAUUAUCUGUAAUCAUACUUGUUUUUGUAAUGAUUUAAAAUAUAUACAUAUUGAACAUUUCUUAUAUUUGACUUAACAAAAAAAUGUAUUGACCUAUAUAGUUUAUGUGGUAUUUGGAUCAUCACAAAUAAUUUAAUGAAUUAAUACCGAAAUAAUUAUAAUUGUACAUAAUAAAAAUGUAUAUAUUUAUUAUUUAUUUAGUAUGUAGGGUGUUUUUCCUUCAAAUGCAGUGUAGCAGCUUUGCAUGUCUUGACCUACAUGGCUUGUUUUAAUGUGGAUCAUAAACCAAAGGGUGAAGAAUAUCAAAGUGGUCCCCCCCACAUCCCAAUUUUUCUGUACAUUACCCCCGAUGGAAAAGGUUGGACACCCUUGCAUUAGGGAGCCCCUCUCAUAGUUGCCUGCACCAGUUAAGUUAGCGCUCUGCAUGUCUUAUGGGUGCCUAUUAAUUAUCUGCACCACACAGGUAUAAAUCACCAGAUAAUAAAACCAAAUCUCAAACCCCCCCCUCCCUCUCUGAUGAGGCCUGUGUGACCAGCGCAGGGUCACAGGGGGUUGUCUUAUUUCUCACCAUAGUAACGUCACCCUGGCAACCGGCUAAGAGAGCCAGUUAUAUUGAUGGUACACCAUCACAGCGCCUCUCGUCUUCUGCCGUCUCCCUCACCUUAACCUCGGCCAGCGUGAGUUUGCAUGCCUCAAAGCCAGUCAGCUUCUGCAGCAUCAGCACCCGGAGAAGUUAUCAUCGCCAUUACCUUGAAAACACAUCCUGGUUGUUGCCGUAUCGUCCGUCAGUGCUCCGGGAGGAGAGGGGAGGUCAAACAUGGGCUCCAGCUCCUCCUCCUAUGCCCCCAAAGCCAUUUAUCUGGAUGUGGAUGGGAAAGUGCAGAAGGUGGUGUUCAGUCGGCACUGCAGUCCUUGUGAUAUUAAGGAACUUCUAUGUUCCUCCUCCAACAUUCCGAGGAACACUGCCAUCAUGAUGGUGGAUCCAGAAGGGGCCCUGGUAUCUAUAGAUCCCACCAUGCCCUCCAACUCUCCCAAUUCCUUGUACAAAGUUGUCCCCUUGUCUACUGGCCAACUUGGAGAGAAGGAGGACAUGUUUCAGAAUGUGUUGUCCCAGGUGGCCGAGCAGUUCAGCAGAGCGUUUCGCAUCAACGAGCUGAAGACGGAGGUCACCAACAGGCUUGCCAUGCUGGAGAAGAGAGUGGAGUUGGAGGGCCUGAAAGUGGUGGAGAUUGAGAAGUGUAAAAACGAUCUGAAGAAGCUGCGGGAUGAGAUGACUUCGAGAGUUGGUGGCAGGGUCAACUGCCCAUGCAAAUACAAUUUCUCCGAUGACGGCAAGAAAGUCACUCCGAGACGAGAUGUCCCUAACUAUCCAAAGUACACGCUGUCUCAGGAGACCAUUGAGGCACUGAAGAAGCCAACAUUUGACGUCUGGCACUGGGAGCACAAUGAGAUGUUGAGCUGUUUGGAGUAUAUGUACCAUGACUUGGGACUGGUGAAAGAAUUCAACAUGAACCCCAUCACGCUCAAACGCUGGCUGUUGGCUAUCCAGGAGAACUACCGAAACAACCCCUUCCACAACUUCCGUCACUGCUUCUGCGUUAGUCAGAUGAUGUACGGCAUGAUCCACCUCUGCAACCUGCAGGAGAAGCUGACUCUCACGGACAUGGGCAUUCUAAUGACAGCUGCAGUGUGUCAUGACCUGGACCACCCUGGAUACAACAACACGUACCAAAUCAAUGCCCGCACAGAGCUGGCGGUGCGCUACAAUGACAUAUCACCGCUGGAGAACCAUCAUUGCGCUGUGGCUUUCCAGAUCCUUUCCCUUCCCGAGUGCAAUAUAUUUGCAAAUGUGGAUCCUGAGGCGUUUAAGCAGAUUCGACAGGCCAUUAUCACCCUCAUCCUUGCCACCGACAUGGCCAGACAUGGCGAGAUACUGGACUCCUUCAAGCAGAAAGUGGACAACUUUGACUUCACCAAUGAGGAGCAUGUGACAUGUCUCAAGAUGGUUUUGAUCAAAUGCUGCGACAUUUCCAACGAGGUGAGGCCCACCGAGGUAGCUGAACCAUGGGUGGAUUGCCUACUGGAGGAGUACUUCAUGCAGAGUGACCGGGAGAAGUCUGAGGGCUUGCCGGUGGCCCCCUUCAUGGACAGAGACAAGGUCACCAAACCCACCGCUCAGAUAGGCUUCAUCAAGUUUGUCCUCAUCCCCAUGUUUGAAACCGUCAUGAAGCUUUUCCCUCAGAUUGAGGAGAUCAUGGUUCAACCUCUGAGGGACUCCCGGGACCACUAUGAGGAGCUUAAGCAGAUUGAUGAUGCCAUGACCGAGGGGUCCUCUUUUGUGUUCAAAUUCAGGAAAGACUUUAAAAAAAGCGAGUGAGGGGUGGAUGUCUGGGUGAAGACGCUGCGCUGCGUUCUGAAGACGACAGAUGGAGCGUGAGGGGAGAGCAAAGAGACCACUCGGCUACAUACUGAACUAAACUUAGGCACCGAAAGGGGGCAUCACAUCUUGAACUUUGACUUAGACUUUUGCACCGCAUGUAACGAAGAGGACACCCCAUGACCUCUUGUCUGUUUAUUUGUGGGGUUUAUGUUACGAUCGCUAUUUGUUUUCUUGUUUGACAGCCUUGCAAACGCUCAGAAGAAGCCUUUCUCCGAGAACAUGUGAUUUGUAAGGUGGAUGAACAUGCCUUUGUUCAAGUUGCAGGUGAAAAUGUCCAAAUGUUAUAGUCAAAAUACAAGAAAAAUCUGCCUAAUAGGGGGUGAUCAUUUCACAACAAACCACAAUAGAAAUGAGCGUUGUGUGUAUGAAACAUUCAGCCUCAGUAACAGAAAGACAACUAAAAUAGUGCCUUGUUUUGUCUUUCCACUUCUUCUAUGGCUUCUUCACUUCCACAUUUCUGAGGUACUUGCCGUUUUUCUGCUUUUGCCUUUAUACACCACCACCAUCAACAAUCACGUCAAGUCAGUCCAACUUUAAUUGAAGUGGUUUCUCAAAAACACAUGGAUUUGUGAGCGAAUUCAUCGCGGGUUUGAUUUGCCGUAGUUUUUACGGCAGGUACCCUUGAAUCGUGCCGGUGCGAUCUGCGCGAAAGGCAGCGGCGGCAUGUACCAUGGCACACAAAUACAUGACUCAUAAAUGUGUGGCGCCCUCUAUGAGGUGUUUUAUAAGCACUACACAAAUGGUCAAUGACUUCUUGCCAAUUGGUGGCUAAGUCAUUUUGCUUCUUGAAUUUUUUUUUUCCAGGAAAACACCCUGAAGUUACAGUGUCUUGGGUUUUUUCGUAGAGCGCCACAUUGAGCGGUGGGAGAAAUUUCAGGUCAAAAUAAUAGUACAGACACUGGGGUGUACAGUGGUACCUUUGUUUUCGUUAUUUGUUCGUUCCAAAAGGUUCUGAAAUGUACUACAACCAAAGCAAUUUUUCCCAUAGGAUGCCAAAGUAUUGUGUAAACUAAGGCCCCGUCCACACGGGCGUUUUUGGGGGGUUUUUUGGCGUCCACGCAGUUUCAGAUCAGGAAAUGGCAGAGGUCUGGACUCAAGUCGUGUUCGAGUCACAAUUUUGAUGACUUUGGACGUGACUUGCAACUCGAUUUGGACUUUGACAUCAAUGACUCGGGAUUUGGCUCAAACUUGAAUCUGAUGACUUGAAAAUACGCACUGGUCUUAUUUCAAAAAUAGAAAAAUUCAAAUUGCAUUCAUUGUAUUUGUCAAGUUAAAUUAAUAGUGUUUCACUGUUAAAAUGACAUUUUAUUUGGACUUGUAAGGACUCGAAAAUUUCAAGCCAGCGACUUGAGCCUUGAUUCGACCUGUCUCGCCUCGAGGCUUGAGACUUGGACUUGGACUUGCACGUCUUUAGUUGAGACCUGACUUGAGAUUAAAGACUUGAGACUUGCAAAAUGCUGACUUUCUCCCACCUCUGAUAACUAGUCACGUCCAGAAGGGAACGCGUCGCUGGGUGAAAACGUUGUAACACAUAAGGCACACAUACAGGCGGCGCUGUAACCGAAACUACAGAAGAAGAGAGAACGCAUGCUCGCAACGGCCAUCAUCUUGUCCAGCUUUUCUAGACUUAAAACCAAGUCACUUUGGAGUAUAAGACAAAAAACAUGAGAGAUGAAAAUGUCGACUGGGAGUCAUGCCGCUCGACGUAUACCGAUAUCAUGUUGUUUUUUCUGCAGCAGUAACUUUCACGGGGUCGUCGUUGAAUGAAUCGUGUGAAUGAAAGGCAGAAACGAUAACAUACUUUAUCCUUUCCACUUGAAAAUGUUCCCAUGUGGACAGGCCCUAACUAUCGUGAGAUUUGGUGUUGGGUGUGUGAUCCAAAAGGAUAGAUAGAUACAGAAGAUACUUUAUUCGCCUCCAAGAAUGAUGCUGGCAGUAUCAGUCCACAUAUAUACCAAAAGGGUAAAAUACAACAGUUUGUUACACGCGAUAUUGUACGUGGUGGUGUGUCAAGACAAAAUAAUUUCUAUCAUCCUCCCAACACUUCUGGACCUACCAUGUAUCACCAGUUGACUUAUUUAAGACAAAACUAAAACACACUUUAUGCGCAUAUUUCCGACCUACACGUGCUCAAGUGGCACCCUUGGAUGUUAUCAUACCGCUCCUCCCUCGCGCUUUCACCCGUCAUUUCCAACACACACGGCAGUGUUUUACUACGGUGCGUUUUUACUGAUGAUUUAAUUAUAUAUUCACUGAACACCGCCCACUUUUUACGACAGAGCCCCGUCAAUGAACACGGUACAAUCACCGAAGACGUUAUUUAUUUAUUUUCUUCAAGGAGCAUUUCAAAUCUGUGUCACUCUGAUGGCGCUCGCCCCAUAGCUCUUCUUUUGUGUCUUAUAGAUGAUCUCAAAGCAAUAAUAUGACAAAACAACCACAUUAUUGUUAUGAUGUGUAUUGUUAUUGCUGUGAAAGAGACGUUUCUGAAUUGUGCGUCUGCCCCGGUUUGUUUGAAUGAAUGUAGUUUUGUACACGUGGCGUGUGAAGUAUAUGGAGUGUGCUUUCAAAACGUAAAAGCGCGGCCAGUGAUUUGAAACGCUGACAAAUGAAGAGGAUUGUUUUUUUUGUUUUUUUGCAUAGUGACAAGAUGAUGCGCAACGUUUCAUCACAUCUGUGCGCUUGUUCCUUGUUUGUCAACAUUAAAUGCAGCAGCAGGUCUACU